AUGACAGCGCCAGUCGUCGCCCAGGCGCUUGUAACAAAUUGGAUCGCACGUUUCGGGGUGCCGCAGAACAUAACGACGGACCAAGGGCGCCAAUUCGAGUCGAGGCUAUUCAACGAGCUCCUCAAAAUAGUGGGCGCGGCUCACCUGCGGACGACAGCCUACCACCCUCAGAGCAACGGGCUCAUCGAGCGCUGGCAUCGAACCUUGAAGGCAGCGAUCAUGUACCGCGACCCCCAACACUGGACUGAGCACCUGCCGAUGAUCCUGCUCGGGCUGCGGACGGCCUACAAGGACGGCUUAAAAGCGGCCCCCGCGGAGCUAGUGUAUGGGACCACCCUGACGAUCCCAUCGGAAUUUGUCGCGGAACCAACGAAUGCCUCCAGCGACCCCCCCUCCGAGUUCCUCAGCGAGCUCCGGAAGGCCAUGAAACGAGUACGGGCGCGCGACACGGACUGGCACGGCCGCCAACAAGUGUUCGUCCACGAGGACCUCGAGAACGCCAAGCGGGUGUUCGUGCGGGACGAUUCCGUACGACCAUCGCUAACCCCGCCGUAUCGCGGCUCGUAUGCAGUACUGCGACGCCAGGCCAAAUACUACACCGUGGACUUGAAUGGCACCCCGACGAGCAUAUCAAUCGACCGUUUGAAGCCGGCCUACCAAGCGGGUAUCCACGAGAAGACGGCAACGACAACCGGGCCAGCCGCCAGGAGGAAGGGGAGAGCGGCAAGCUAA